UCCAUACCAACACAGAAAUAUCGAUACAUCCAAUAUCGCUACGGGCAAAUAUCGAUACAAAAUAUCGAAUAUCGGAACAAAAAAUAUCGAUAUAAGUGAGUAUCGAUACUAGAUCGGGAAACACUAAAACUGACAGGAGCUAUGGAACAGGAGUAAUGAACAUAAAUCCUACGUAGUAUUGUUCUGCUAAUAAUCUAAAAAUAUAUGAAAACCCCUGGAACAACGGAUAACCAUAACGAUAGACAAAUCAUACGCUAUACGGUCUGAAUUUCAAUCUUGAUAGUGAACCGUUAGAAAACAUUUCUUAAAUCUGCAAAAAAAUUGCCAUGCCCUCCAUCGACGUUUUGGAAGAGCGAGUGGCUGAACUCGAAACGAAAGUUUAUGGAAACGUCAACAAUCCAUCAAUUGAUGAUCCUCUCCCAGAGAAUUCCAUAAUCGACAAUUUGCUAAAUACCAAUACGAUGAUAUCAUCAGCUCUCUCUAGUCGAGAGAAAGCGAAUAGUCUCGUGAAACGUCUGUCAGAGUUGAACGAACUCCUGAACAUGUCCUUCGAGGAGGACCUCCAGUCUGACGUCAAGUGGGAGAUAAUCGAGACUAUGGAGCCAGAACUUCGUCUAAAUCUGGAGCAAAUUGAGAGAGUCAAAGAAUUACUGCCAGCACUCGAAGUUAAUAGCAUUAAAAAUGUUCCUGAAUUGACACCCAAACUGGAAAAAUUGACAUUCGAGUAUCUCAAAGCUUAUGAGGAGUCCAGUGCUGUCAAUCACACGAUCCGGGAGGUUUUCUCCAAGUACAAUGCAAUUAUCGAUACUGUUUCUAAAACUCUGGUGGGUCUUGAAAGCGCCAUCACAGCAGCUGAACUCUCAGCAAUGCCCAAGAAGCAGCUCGACUAAUUCACCUUUUUUUAAACAUAGAUAUUAUACUUAUUUAAAUUCACUUGUGAUAUACGAAUCUUGGGACAUAACUAGACUAUUCAAUAUUCCAUAGUCACAAUAACAGCUUUGUUUCAGGACAGUCACUCAUAUUAUUCAUUUCGAUAAAAUCGAGUAUAUAUUGUUAUGAAUAGCUAAUCAAUUACAUUCUAUCGUUACUUU